AUGACCAGGCGGACAGCUGAAACACACAGGCGAGACUUGCCAGUCGCGGCUCCAGGGGACUCUGCCGGCGACCAAGGAGGUUCCGAUAACACCACUGUGGGUAUGCCAUUGCGUACUACGAGCAACGCCUCGGUGGCGUCUCGCCUCCCCCAGCAGAUGUUUUCCACAGCCUACGGGCUCACUGUUCGGGCGCCUAUCCAAACUCAAGAUGCCGCCGCUAUCGCUUCCACCAAGAAGAAGUUCUACACCAUCGUCAAAGCCGGUCUUCUGAUCCCAGGUGACGGCGAACCUUUCAGCGAUGCCGCUUUGGUCAUAGAGAACAAGAUUAUCGCAUGGAUCGGCCAACAGUCUGACAUCCCGGAUAAGUACAGCUCAUCACCGCAUCGUUCCUACAGCGUCCCGUAUCUCAUGCCCGGGCUAUGGGACGUCCAUGUCCACUUCGGAGGCGGCAGCAUCACCGGCGAGGAGGGGCCUGGCUUCACGGGCUUCAUCUCGAUGCACCCCGCCUCGGGCGGCGCGCGUCUUGCCCGCGGGUGCUGGGAGGCAAUCCAGCGCGGGUACACGAGCCUGCGCGACGUAGCUGGCUUCGGGUGCGAAGUGGCAAAGGCUGUUGCCGAGGGCGAGAUCGUGGGCCCUAACAUCUACUCAGCUGGCGCUUGCCUGUCGCAGACUGCCGGGCAUGGAGACGUUUUUAACUUGCCCGCUGGGAUCGUGUAUCAGAACCUCGGGGUCAUGCAGCCUACUCCAGGACAUUUUGGGCAGAGCAUGAGUUGUGUUGUCGAUGGCGUAGACGAGUGCCGCCGGGCAGUUAGACUGCAGAUCCGGAGGGGCGCGAAAUGCAUCAAGAUCCUGGCUUCUGGCGGAGUCAUGUCCAGGGACGAUGAAGUGCAGUACGCACAAUUCAGUGAUGAGGAGCUCAAAGUCAUCGUCGAAGAGGCAGCGAGGCAAGGCCGUUCCGUGGCAGCACACGUCCAUGCGAAGGCGGGCAUUUUGGCGGCGGUUAAAGCCGGGGUGAAGACCGUGGAGCAUGUGUCGUUUGGUGACCAGGAGUGCAUCGACCUGAUCAAAAAGACUGGAACUAUCUACGUGGCUACCAGGCUUAUCACAGAGUACCUUCUCUCUACCGGGGGAGAGGGACUGGACCCAUCGACUUGGGAGAAGGCAAAGCUCUGCGGCGCGCAUCAUCUAGCCGCUUACAAGUUGGCAAUUGAUUCAGGAUGUACGUUUGCUAUGGGAACUGAUACGCCACCUGGUGUCAAUAUGGCAAUAGAGCUCGAGUAUGCUGUUCAAGCUGGUCUCAGCAACCUCGAAGCGAUCAAGGCAGCCACGGCAAAUGGACCGCUCACGGUGGGUGCGCAGGCGCCCAAGACUGGCCAGCUCAAGGUUGGCUAUGAGGCAGAUAUCCUCGGCCUCACGGCGAACCCUGUCGAAGAUGUCCGCGUGCUUCAAGACAAGGAUAACAUUAAAUUGGUGUGGAAAGGUGGCAAAAUAUUCAAAGGCCCCGGUGUAGGUCCGUGGGGAGAAGACAGAUGGUGGGGAGAGGACCCGUGGAGGUGA